AUCAUACUCUUUCGCUUAAGCCUAGGUGUUACCAUGGAGGACCCAACGCCGCGCGUUAACUUUGAGACGAUGCAACGAUACCACGGCAAGACCGUGAUCUUGUGCUGCCAGAUUAACCAGAUAGACAAUGGAGUAGUGCGCGUUCUGACGUCCGACAAGGGGGAGGUGACUGUACAAGGAGGAUCCUCACCCUACGAGGGUCGCUUCGUCGAGGUUCUGGGCACGGUAGUGAACCCCAACACAAUCAAGGAGGUCGACCACACAAACCUCAGUGACAACUUCAGUCUAGACAUGUACAACGAGCUGGU